CGUGCAACUAAUCGUUCUUUUGACAAGAUGGCGUCGAUGGAGAAGGAGUACUUCUGGGGUUGUGAAUUAAGUAAAGAUAAGAGAGAACAUAAGUGGGAUUCCGAGGAUGAAGAACUCGGCAAAGCAGACAUCGAUCAGAAGCUUGUUGUAUCCCAGGCCUGUCUUGGUGCAAAAGCCAAAAAUAAUGAAAGAAAUCUUGUACAAGUCACCACAACAGACAGCAGUGAUAACUCAGUGACAUACACAAUUCUAUCACUAACUUCCGGAAGAAAAGACCAGAGUAGACUUAGUCUGGCAUUUCCAGCCUCAGUUGUUUUUAAACUUAUAGAAGGUUCAGGACCAAUUCACUUGACUGGUUCUGUAUAUCAAGAACUGUUUGUAGGGGAUGAAGAUGAAGAAGAUAGUGACCAAGAUGAAAAUGAUGAAUCUGAUUUAGUUUUAUCAGAAGCUAAGAAGUCUUCGAAGUUUUGUCAGAAGAGACCAUUAAUAACAUCCAAGGGACCACCAAUGAAGAUUGCACGUGUUGAAGCUGAAAAUGGUGAAGAAAGUGAUGAGGAUGAUGACGAUGAGGAAGAGGAUUCAAGUGAAGAAUCUAUGGAAAUGGAAACAGAUACUAAACAGAAAAAACCUGCAGAGGCUCCAAAGACAGCUAAAAACAAACCAGAAGGUAAGGACGCCAAACCCAUGAAGAGCACAAGUGAGGAGGAUGACGAAGAGAGUGAAGAGGAGAGUGAUGAUGAUGAUGAUGAAGAAGAUGACGAGGAAGAUGAAUCUGAUGAGGAUGACGAGGAUGAUGAAGAUGAAAGUGAGGAAGAGGAUGAGAUUGCUGCCAGCUUAGCAGCAAAGAAAAAGAUGGAAGGGAAACCUAAUAAAAAACCACCGAUGACAAAUGGAACAGCCAAAGCAGACAAAAAGGAUAAGACAGAAAAGCAAAAUAAGAUUCUGGCUCAACAGCCAAGUACACCAAAGGCUGAUGGGAAAAAAGAUCACGGGAAGAAGGCUGGAGCUAAAACUCCUGAACCGCUAUCCAUGGACCAACUUAAGCAAAAGCUGCUCAAGACACCUAAUUUGCCAAAGAAAGUGGAAAAGUUCAAGAACUAUUUGAAGCACUCAUUCAAAGUCACAGAUGAGGCUGAGUUAACGAAACUCUGGGAUUGGCUGAAAGAGAACAAAUAGAAUCAAGUCCUCUAUUCUUGUAUCCAUCGCUAUGCCUAGAUAGUGAAUUAAAGUCGUUUUUUUAAACAGA